CGUGUUGUUACUUUUUAAUUUUGUACUUAUUUUUCGCUUCACUGAGUUACUACUUACUGGUUAGUACAAUAGUAGUUCGAUCACUAACUUAUAAACUGAUUUUACUUGGAAUAGACCAGAAUUUAUUAAUAAGGUGUAUACAGAAAGAUAUCUGAACCAUGGCGCACCAGGGAUUUUCACCACAAGAAAUCGAGGCGUUAUGUAAAACUCCAAAUCCUGCUACAAAGGAGUUUAUUUUUCAACAAACAAUGUACCGCAUCAAGGACCCAAGAAAGUCUAUACCAUUCUACACUGGAGUACUUGGCAUGACCUUAUUAAAACAGCUUCAUUUUCCAGAAAUGAAGUUCUCAUUAUUCUUUAUGGGAUAUGAAAACUCCAAUGAAAUACCAUUAGAUGAAAAAGAAAGAACUUCUUGGGCAAUGUCAAGAAAAGCUACUUUGGAGCUAACAUACAAUUGGGGCACUGAGAGUGAUGAUUCUAACUAUCACAAUGGUAAUUCAGAUCCUCGUGGGUUUGGACAUAUUGGAAUCAUGGUCCCCGAUGUUGAUGCUGCUUGUGCUAGAUUUGAAGAGCAAGAUGUGAAGUUCAUUAAAAAGCCCCAGGAUGGCAAAAUGAAGGGUUUGGCUUUCAUUCAGGAUCCUGAUGGCUACUGGAUUGAGAUUUUUAAUGCUAAUUGUGUUAGCCAGUAAUAUUUCGAUACAUAUAAGUUAGUACAAGAUACAAAUAUUUUUUUGCGAUAACACCAUAGUGUUAACACAAAAAAAUAUUUGAGAGAGACCUUUUAACAGAUAAUGUUAUAGGUAAAGUACUACUGUAAUCUAAACAUAGAGAUGCUUGUGUUAGUAGCACUAGUUUUAUCAAAUACUUCAAAAAGUCACUAUUGUCUAACUCGAGCUUUUAAUAUCGAUCUUAUUAACAACAUUGUCAACUGUUAGAUUUUACAUAUAUGUUAGUUAGUUGAAAAUAAAUGAUUUAUUUUUAUCUUGUUACGGUCAUGACACUUAUUGAUAGCCUAAGAUAAAUAAACUGUCAGAUAUUAAGUUUAUACAGUCAAAACUGUUUACGACGACAUCGAUUAGAACAACAUACUGGUCAUACUGACCAAAAAUCAAAGGUCCCAUCUGAAUUCUAUUUGAUUGCUUAUCUCUUAGCUUACAUAUCUCUUUAAGCGACUACAUUGAUAUUUUCCUUGGAUUAUCUGUUAGAACGACCCGCCUUAUUGUUAACAUUUGAUUAGGUGAGGGCAUCCCUAUUCCACAUCUGGCACACUAAGUAAACAAAAACGAUUUGAGUUAAGGGUGUAUUGUAUUUCUCCGAAACAAAAUAGGUACACUUCAACACGUGUAUGCAGUAUGAUCGAAGCCCAAACGCUUACUCAUUUCUCUUGAAUCAGUUUGUUACUUAUGUGAACACAAGACGCACCAAAACAUAUUGUUGAGUUAUUCGUGAAACUUUUAACAUGUCGUAAAAGACAAAAAAAUACUAUAGAAGAAAAAUCGCGUAUUAUAUCAACGCUUGAGAGUGGAAUUCCAAACAAAGACUUGGCCGCGGAAUAUAGUAUAUCACCUCUUGACAAUUUCAACCAUUUGGAAAGACAGAAAAAAUUCAACACUCAUAGCAAUUUAUUGAAAAUGAAACGAGCAAAAACAACGAAGACUACAAAUAUUGUGGUAGCUUUGCUAGAGUGGUUUAAAUAUCAAAGGACAAAUAAUAUGCCAAUGAAUGGACCAAUUCUUCAACAAAAAGCCAUGGUUUUGCUCAGCAUUUUGGUGAAGAUUUCCUUUGCUCGUCCAGUUGGAUUCAAAGUUUCUGAGAUCGGCGGGAAACGGUGACAUGCAAGUUACAAACACCUCUUGACAGAUGAUGAUGAUGUGACUGAUGAAGAGGACAAUAUUUCUUUAGCUCAAUUAGCCCAAAAUUUAAGACCUGCUUUAUCUACUACGGAAGCAGAGGAGAUUAUUGUUUUGGAUACCUUUAUUGAAAUUUGUGCUCCAGCUACGGAAGAAGAUAUUGUACAAGACGUUCAAGAGGAAAAUGACGAACAGGAAGAGACUGAAGAAAUAUUUACAGUGCCAACUUUGAAUGAAUGUCUCAAUACUGUCAAUGUUUUACGAAAAAUUGGUCAGGGUAUUUCAGUGCAGGGAAAUUAUGACAAUACUUUAAUUACUUAAGUUCAGCGUGAAAUACAAAGUGCGUGCGUACGUACUACAGAAGUGUUUCAAACCAACUAAAAUAACAGAUUUUCUAAAUUUAGAAAAAUGAUAAUUACAUAUAUGUACGUAAUGCGUUUUUAUUAUAAUUUUCAUGUGAAUAAAUAAAAUGUAGUUUUAUUUUAGACAUGAGAAUAUAUAUGUAUACAUAAUCACACAUUCAAUAAUAAGUAGUAUUAGUCAUAACAACGACAUUGGCUGUUACGACUAUUGGUUUUUACGACCAAAUAUGAGUAGUCUCGAUGUCGUUAUAAGAGAUUUUGACUGUACAUUCAUUAUAAACACUUAGUUUUAUAAAUGGCUGAUUGGCUGAUUUAGACUACAAAAAUUUAAUUUGUUAAUAGUUUUUGCGGUAUAUCUAAGAGGAAAAUAUUUUAUGUAAAAUUUGCACUUUUGUAACAUGACUUUAAUAUAUAACUUGUUGAUUAGUACGUUAUUUUUUAUUCAAGAAUUCAAUACUAUCAAUCUAUUCCAAAAUUUAAGCAAGCUAGAUAGCUAAAAAAACUUAUAAACAUAUUUAUAAGAUUAAGUUUGUCGAGGAACCUUGUUAUUUUCUUACGCUAGAUAAGUCGCUAGAUGGUGCCAGCAAAUGCAUGACUUCACCCCUUCCAAAACCUUCAUCCAAACUAUAGAAAACUAACCGAUACAGCGGUUUUUGUGAUUCAAAAAGAAUAACUCAUUAACUUCGUUGCAUGAAAUAAUGCAUUUUUCGAUACCUGCAGCUGCCAAUUAGUUUAAUUUAAUUCGACUUGGUCUAACUAAUUAUUGUAAUAAUUGUUGAGUGUGGCUAAUUUUUGUAUUCAUUGUUAAUUGUUUGUAUAAAACAAAAUAUACAGUUUUGCGACUUUUGCAGAUAUUUACGUCGCUAUGUAUAGAAUAUAACAAUAUAAUAAAUAGUAAUUGGCUGAAAAUUAUAUUUAUUAUAAAUUAUACGGCAAUUUAGUUUAAACGUCCAUGUCGUGAUUUUUUAUGAUUUUUCACAGUACGUGUGGCAAACUAUAUAAUUGUUCUAGUAUCAGAUCAAUUUGUUGUUGUAAAGAUGAAGUCAUUGUGCUAUGUACUCGCUAUAAACGUAGUUUUGAGUGCCGCUAAUCCUUUGGAUGCAAGAAACUCCAGCGAUGAAUCCCAAACACAAUCGAGAAAAGUUAAGCAUACGAUUUCAAGAAUUUUCAACAUACCUAACAACCAGGCGAGAACAGUUCACGAUGGUGUAUACUAUGAUCAGCUGAUGAAAAUGUUAACGAGCGAAUCUGGGGGAACGUUAAAAUUGGAAGAAAGAGAAACUGGUACAGAUUUGGCCGAUGUUGAUACUUUGCUAAAUAAAAUAAAAGGUGUAUAUCCUGAGUCUGAAUCGCAAAAUGAAAUACAUAUACAAACAAACAAAAAUGUGCAGACUGUCGACGCUGAAAGUAACAUACUUGGGACUAAAGAAAGAAAAUUAAAUGCAGAUAUAUUAAAUGAAAUUAUACAGAAUCUUACAGCUUUUAAUGGAUCUAAUUUGAGUGGUAAACAAAUUCGAAAUGGAAAAUUGGUAAUUUAUUACGGCCAGAAUGAAAAUCCCAGCAAAAAUGCAAUUGAAAUAAAUAAAAAUGUUGGAAAUUCACGAUUGAAUUUUGCAAAUAUAAUUCGAAUUGAAGAAGCAAUACACAAUUUAUUCAUACAGCAUAAAGUGCCUGAAAAUAUAUACUAUGCAGUUAAAGCACGAAAUGUUGACGCUAAAGACCGUAUUAAAAAUCUUAUUAUUGCAUUUGUCAAAUUCAUAGCCAGCGAAGGACAACUAAAUUCAGAUAUAAUAAACAAAGUAAAGAUUAUGAUUGCUGAUAAUAAUAUUGACAUAGAUCUCGGGAAACUGCUAAUAAAAUCGAACGCCGACGUUGGAGUUAUCGAUCUUGACACUGAACCACCAACAAAUGCGGUUUCAGGUGUCAUGAAGAAUAUUUUUGUUGAUUCAGAUGUUGAUAGUGAAAAUAACGGACAGAUAUCGGAUGUAACAAGAACUUUAGACUUCGCUGUUAUAAAUGAACUUAAGCCGGGUAAGGAAACACCCACAGUAAACUUGUCUGUAAAUGCAAAAGUUUUUACUGAUCCAACAAUUGCGUCUAAAUCGUUAAACACUUUAAGAGACAAUGUACACAAAGACGAUUCACAAGAAAUUAUAAUAACUAAAGAAGGAAAUAGUAAGUUAUUAAUUCCCUCUGAAGUUAACACAAAAGAUGAUGUAAAUGCUAUGGACUCAAAUGUUACUUCUAACAAAAAUAUCGAUGAAGCACAAAAAAGCACAUCUGACAGUGUACUCGGGACUAUUUUAGAUUAUAAUUUAGCAAAGUCUAAGCAAGACAAUCGAAACCACUUAAAAGCGGUAGGGCUACAAGUCGUUAAAGAUCCUAUAUCCAGCAAUAUUAAAGAUAUGACAACGAGCAAAGAUAUUCUAAAUAAAAAGAAGAUACAGAAUCAUAGUUUAAAAACGAAGGUAGACUUUGAAACUUUAAAAACGAUUUUAAACAAAGUUAUGGGUAAUAACAUUCCAUUUUUACAACAAGUAGAUCCAAAUGUUCCUGUCUUCUCAAAUAUACCUGUAGAAGAAUACUUAAAUUAUAACAACGGAAAACCAUUCCUCAUAUAUGUUGUAUUUCCAGAAUCAGAAAAAUCUAAAAUAUCUGACCCUGUACACGAUUCACUUAUACCCACUGAAAAAGAUAAUUUUUAUGAAGUAGCUGAUGGUAUUAAAGCUAUUAUAAGAAAUUAUUUUGAAAGUUAUAAUAGCACACCUGAAUUAUCUGGAGAAAAUGAUUUAAAUUCUAUUUUACAUGUAAUCAAAGACGAAAUCGCUAACAAGAAAGUAGAACAAGACAUUAAGGAAACCAAUCAAGGUACACCUGAUAAUAUUUCGCCGGACAUAAUUAUUGAUAUAAUAGGCAAAAGCCAAAAAACUAUUGGAAGACAUGGCCAAAAUAAAAUGCAACAUCCUGAAAAUACCGAAAAGGAAGUGAUUGAAUAUAUUAUAAAAAAAAUCUAUGACACAAAAAUGGGUGAAAAUAAAUUAAAUAACCAAGAUAAUCUCGAUAUUACAGAAACGAUAACUCAAGAAACUGACACUGAUCAGCAGAAAAAAGAAAAUGACAUUUAUAAGCAAUUACUUAUUCUAUUUCGAAAUAUUGGCCACAGUACUAUUGGAAAGGGUAUGGAAAAAGAUAUGUUUGAAAAAUUAAAAGAAUUGCUUCUGAAGCUAAAACAUUCGCCCGAUGACGACAACACUAGAAGUAUAACAAAAGAUCCAAACUUCUUUCAAAAAUAUCUGCAGGCAAUCGCCAAACACAAAAGUAGUGCCAAUGAGAUGGAUAUGACAAGUGAACAAGAAAGAAUAUAUAAUUUGGCAGAAGAACUUGUAGCACGACUGAAAUAUCUACAAAUAGAAUUAGAAAAAAGAAAUAUCUCUCGACAGACACAAAGAGAGCUUAUUAAAAAAGAAGUUGAAGAAGAAAUUUUGAAAAUAAACUCAGAUAUUAUUGCAUCCUGUGUUGAAAGAGCAAACAAAUUAGUAGAAUUAAGUAUUGAAAAAGUACUUCGGAAGAGUAUCGGAUAAUUCUAAUCUGUUUUAACCUAAAAAUAAUAAUGCUAAAUGCA